AUGUCUGCUAACGAACCGACUCUAGAGAUAUUGGACGCUGAGAAGCCGACAGUAGAGAUGCUGUCGUCCUCGCUCUCGCUGAAGAACUCCACCUCGGGCAUGGCCUCCGAUAGACCAGGUCAGCGUGGUAAUGUUCUUGCUCAUUUUACUGAAGCUGAAACCAUGAAAAUGGGAAAAGAGUACGCUGCUAAGUAUAACUUGGACCAGGACCUUUUUGCUCGUGCCGCUGCUUUGGCAAGAAACCCUGCUGACUUCAACUCCAUGGACUUUCUCACCGAGUAUGAGAAGGAACAGUUGACUCUCGAGGUGACCAAAAAAUGGCAUAUUCCACGUAAGUUGGUCCAGGUUAUUGCAUUGGGUUCUAUGGCUGCUGCUGUUCAAGGUAUGGACCAGUCUGUCAUUAACGGUGCUACCUUGUUUUACCCUGAUGCGUUUGGUAUCACCGAUAUGGAGAAUGCCGAUUUGAUGGAGGGUUUGAUUAACGGUUCGCCUUACUUGUGUUGUGCUAUUGCUUGUUGGACUUCCGACUGGUGGAACAGAGCCAUGGGCCGUAAGUGGGUCAUUUUCUGGACGUGUCUUAUUUCUGCUGUCACUUGUGUUUGGCAAGGUUUUGUCAGUAUGCACUGGUACCAUUUGUUCAUUGCUCGUUUCUGUAUGGGUCUUGGUGUUGGUGUCAAAUCUGCCACCGUCCCUGCUUACGCUGCUGAAACUACUCCUCACACCAUCCGUGGUUCCUUGGUGAUGCUUUGGCAGUUCUUCACUGCUGUGGGCAUUAUGUUUGGUUAUGUUGCAUCUUUGGCCUUUUACCACGUCCCAGAUAAGGGAAUUGCUGGUGGCUUGAACUGGAGAUUGAUGUUGGGCUCGGCUUCGAUUCCAGCCUUCAUUGUCUUGUUCCAGGUUCCAGGUGUGCCAGAGUCUCCUCGUUGGCUUAUGGGUAAGGAUAGACACCAAGAGGCUUUUGAAGCUCUUUCUAUCUUGAGACGUGAUGAGAUCGCCGCUGCCAGAGAUUGUUUCUACCAGUAUGUUUUGUUAAAAGAGGAGGCUGCUUUUAGUGGUAUUCCAUACUUCAAAAGAAUUUGGGAAAUGUUCACUGUCAGAAGAAACAGAAACGGUGCCUUGGGUGCUUGGAUUGUCAUGUUCAUGCAACAGUUCUGUGGUAUUAACGUCAUUGCUUACUACUCGUCUUCCAUUUUCAUUGAGUCUAACUUGUCUGAAGUCAAGGCUAUGGUUGCAUCCUGGGGUUUCGGUAUGAUCAAUUUCCUUUUCGCUAUCCCAGCUUUCUAUACCAUCGAUACCUUUGGUCGACGUAACUUGUUGCUUUGCACAUUCCCUCUAAUGGCGAUAUUCUUGCUUGUGGCGGGUUUCAGUUUCUUGACUCCAGAUGAAAAUACAGACGGGAAGCUAGCGGGUGUGGCGACGGGUAUUUACUUGUUCGCUGCUGUCUACUCUUCUGGUGAGGGCCCGGUGCCUUUCACUUAUUCCGCUGAAGCGUUCCCAUUGUAUAUCCGUGAUUUGGGUAUGGGUUUCGCUACUGCUACAUGUUGGUUCUUCAACUUUAUCUUAGCAUUCACCUGGCCUCGUUUGAGAAACGCCUUCACGGUCACUGGUGCCUUUGGUUUCUACGCAGCAUGGAACGUUGUUGGAUGGUUCCUUGUGCUUCUUUUCUUGCCAGAAACCAAGGGUCUUACCUUGGAAGAAUUAGAUGCUGUUUUUGGAGUAUCUUUAAGAAAGCACGCCAUUUACCGUGCCAGACAGGCUAUUUGGUACUUCAGAACCUACAUUCUUAGACAAACCCUUGAGCCUUUGCCAGUCUUGUACGAGCACCAGAAGCGUUAUUACCAGGAGAAGGGACUUGACCUUGACCCUGAGCUCAGCAAGCAGAUCAGUAGAGAGCCCUUCUAA